UCUACGUCAAAAUCAUAACAAAAACACGUGAACUAACCGAUACACAGUACAUGACAUACAUGCCCUUUGGGAGCAGAGAAACACGGCUACCCGUGCCCACCUUUGCUCAACAUGUCGAAUGGUAGGCUUAAAAGCGAUCGAAAAUCCCACCGAGUGACGAGAAAAGUGGAAAAAGAGUUGGGCCUGAGUAUCCUCAAUCCCGGCAAUUCGGAAACGGAAGAGGGUCCCAGUCCGCAUUUGUUACUCUGCAACUUAGGAUUGACCACCCAUGGUUCGGAGGAAUCCAUCUUGAGCCUUUGUUUGCCCUUUGGUGCUGUGUCCAAUGUGGUUUUACUACCUCAAAGGUCGUUCUCCUUUGUCAGUUUCGAGCACCAAAGCCAGGCCUGGCAGGCAUUUAAAGCCAUCCAUGGCCAAGGCGACCAUCCCAUCUACUUGGCCUUUGUUGAUAAGGUCCCGGAUCUGAGCCAUAAUCCAUGGACCCAUCGACCUUGGCCUCGAGGUCUCCAAAUCUUGGAAGAUGUGAUAACCGAAGAAGAAGAGCAAAAUCUGCUCGAUUCUUUCACUUGGAACGAUUCGGCUGAUUUGAAGAAUCGGCAAGUUCAACACUUUGGCUAUGAAUUUGAGUACGGCACCAAUAGUAUCAAUGGCCAACGACCUAUUGAUCCACCCCUGCCCCAAUCGUGGUUGGAUUUACUUCAAAGAGUCAAUGUUGGACAGUCACUGCCCGACCAGUGUACCGUUAAUCGUUAUCAACCCGGUCAAGGAAUUCCGGCCCAUAUCGAUACGCAUAGUUGUUGUGAUGGAACCAUUUGCUCCUUGUCCUUGGGAUCGGAUACCGUCAUGAACUUCACUCAUCCAGAUGGGAUCAUGGUGCCCGUGAUCUUAAGCAGAAGGUCGUUCAUGGUCAUGUCGGAUGAGUCGAGAUAUGUCUGGAGCCAUGGGAUAGUGCCAAGGUCCAAUGACGUGAUCCCCAGUCAGACCAAUGGACUGACACUCAAAGCCCGCCAGAUUCGAGUCUCUCUGACGUUUCGAAAAGUGUUGGCGGGUGAAUGUCAAUGUCGGUUCCCGGCUCAAUGUGAUUCUCAGCGUGAUCAACUCAUAGCAAUGGACGACAAACUGGCCAAAAGUUUGGAAGAUACCCACGUGCAUUCCGUUUAUGAGAACAUUGCCUCACACUUCAGCGAGACGAGGCACAAACCUUGGCCCAAGGUCAUAGAGUUCUUGGGGUCCCUCCAUCCCGGAUCGAUUUUGGUAGACAACGGGUGCGGCAAUGGCAAAUACUUGGGUCUGAGAAACGAUUGCUUCAAGGUUGGAAGUGACUACAGUCAAGGUUUGACUGACAUUUGUCGGGAGCGUGGGUUCGAGUCCUUGCGAAGCGAUUGCCUGUUUCUACCGUUCAGAUCCGGGUCCGCCGAUGGUAUCAUUUGCAUCGCCGUCAUCCACCAUUUAUCCACUUGGGAACGGCGGCUCAAAGCCGUGCAAGAGAUGAGCCGCGUUUUACGCAUCGGCGGCUCUUGUUUAAUCUAUGCUUGGGCUCAAGAGCAAGCCAAGGAUCACCAGCCCUCAUCCUAUUUGAAGAAGCAUUCCGUCUGCGACCCCCCUCACGGGGUGGCGAGCACUAACCCCACCAUGGCCGUGUGUGACACCCAUUUACCCCUCGUGCUCCCAGUUCACAAAAACAGGACCAAUUUUCAACACAAAGACCUGCUUGUUCCCUGGAAAGUGAAACAACAACAACAACGACGACAGCAACAGCCACCACAGUUCGAGGGUUCCUCGACGACCUCGUCCGAUGCCAUCGAUGGGGACGAUGGGGGAGGAGAGACAUUCCAUCGAUUUUAUCAUGUGUUCGUUGAAGGAGAACUUGAGAAGCUCGUCUCGCAUGUGGCAGGGGUUUCGGUGGAAAAGUCAUAUUAUGAUCAGGGGAACUGGUGCGUGGUUUUCCGAAGGCUUUCGUGAUUAUGACGCUUUGUCCCUCUCUUGGAGAACGAUACCUUCCACAUGAACACUGGACGGCGAGGCAUGGCGUGUGAAUAUGUAAUUAAUAUGGAGCUAAUUCCACGCUUUCCCGCCUUCCUUCCUGGUACAACAUAAACUAUUAUGCACAUCCUCAA